AUGUCUACCUCUGGAUGGCUGGGAGGAAUUCCAAGAGAAGAGCAUAGCUACAAAGCCAUAUACCGCAAUCUGGAGCUGUCCAGAAUGCACCGUGUUGUCUCCGACCAUGUCCCCAUGUCUGAAGAGAAGCAUGAAGGUAAGAAGACAAUCGAUGAAGAACAGCCUAGAGGUCUUUUUGAGUCUGUCAUAUACAGACUGGACGGAUAUGAUCAGCGCUAUUUGCGUGAAUCUGCCAUAGAUGUUUCAGAGGACGCUUUUGAGUUAAUUGUGGAUAGGCUGGAGAAAGAAUGGUUCUUUUUUGUGCACGGUUUAGUAGAUAGACAUGUCAAGCCCAUUGAGCCUUCUUCUUUCUGCGAUAUUUGCACAAAACAUACAUCAACGCACAAUGAGGCUCUUGUUGUAUGCCAAGGAUGUGAAAUAUGUGUGCAUGAAAGUUGCUAUGGAAUCCAGGAUUUGAGUAGUUUCUGGCUAUGCAGGAAAUGCAUAUACGGAGAAUAUCAGAUAAGGUGCUCGUUUUGCAUUUCAUCGGAUGGGAUCUUCAAGCAGACAUCAGACAAUAGAUGGGGCCACGUCCUGUGCGCUAUGUUCAAUAGGUUUCUUUCAUUUGGCCAUCUGCUAUCAAAAGACCCUAUUGACGUUAGCUCUUAUCUCGAGGAGUCUGGAUGCCUAUUUUGUAACGAAUUCGGGGGAACAGCGAUACACUGUUCAUAUUUUAUGUGCACCAGGAAGUACCAUGUUGGAUGUGCUCUUGAUAAAUGCUAUUUCGACUUGAACAACGGGAUAUCUUACUGUAUCGAUCAUGAUCCCUUAAAAAGAAACCCAUACGAGCUGGGAUAUGGAAGGAUGAAUGGACUAAGGUAUUUUGGAUAUGAAAAGCUACGUAAUCCUCCAGCAAUUAGGAGAAAGGUCCGCAUGGCACGUCCCAGGGCCACGCUGUUUAUGAAGCUUUGCAAGUUACAGCCUGUGGCGACCCCAUCCGUUCUCUCGAGGGUAGAGGCAUGCGACCUGAAAGAAAAGGAUUCUGUGAACAUUUUCAAAGUGUCGAGGUACUGGGAACUGAAGAGAAAAGAAAUAGGAGGCCCUUUGGUCAUUCUUCCCGACAUUGUGUAUGGGAGAAAGACGAGAGAGGAUUGGAUGAGCAAAAGAAGAAUGUAA